GAGCCUGCGACAUCUUCUAAAGAAAAUCUAAAAGAAAACAGAAUGGGUCAAAAUCAGUCUGGUGGAGGGGGACCUGGAGGAGACAAGAAAGGUGACAAGGAUAAGAAGAAGAAGUAUGAACCGCCAAUUCCUACCAGGGUAGGAAAGAAACAGAAGAAAACCAAAGGACCUGAUGCCGCUAACAAACUACCUCAAGUAACGCCACACCGAAACUGCAGAUUAAAGCUUUUGAAGUUGGAAAGGAUAAAAGAUUUCCUUUUACUGGAAGAGGAAUUUAUCCAAAACCAAGAGAGACUUAAACCACAAGAAGAGAAAAAUGAGGAAGAGAGGUCAAAGGUUGAUGAGUUACGAGGCACCCCCAUGUCUGUGGGAACUCUGGAGGAGAUUAUUGAUGAUAACCACGCUAUUGUGUCUACAUCAGUUGGCUCUGAGCAUUAUGUCAGCAUCUUAUCAUUUGUCGACAAAGACAUGCUUGAACCUGGCUGUACUGUCCUGCUGAAUCACAAGGUGCAUGCAGUUGUAGGUGUACUGUCUGAUGAUGCAGAUCCCAUGGUGACUGUUAUGAAACUUGAAAAAGCUCCCCAAGAGUCAUAUGCAGACAUUGGAGGACUGGACCAACAAAUACAGGAAAUCAAGGAAUCUGUAGAGCUUCCAUUGACUCACCCAGAGUUGUAUGAGGAAAUGGGAAUAAAACCACCCAAGGGUGUGAUAUUGUACGGCCCUCCUGGUACAGGAAAGACGUUGUUAGCUAAAGCUGUCGCCAAUCAAACAGCAGCGACAUUUCUUCGAGUUGUGGGAUCUGAGUUGAUACAGAAGUACCUGGGGGAUGGUCCUAAACUAGUGAGAGAAAUGUUUAGAGUAGCUGAAGAACAUGCACCAUCCAUUGUCUUCAUAGAUGAGAUUGAUGCUGUAGGAACCAAACGGUAUGAGUCGAACUCAGGUGGUGAGAGAGAAAUUCAACGCACAAUGUUGGAGCUUCUCAAUCAGCUGGAUGGCUUUGACUCCAAGGGAGAUGUCAAGGUUGUCAUGGCUACCAACAGAAUAGAAACUUUGGAUCCUGCACUUAUCAGACCAGGUCGUAUUGAUCGCAAGAUUGAAUUCCCUCUUCCCGAUGAAAAAACAAAACGUCGUAUUUUCACAAUACACACCAGCCGGAUGACACUAUCUGAAGAUGUGAAUCUGGAAGAGUAUGUCAUGGCAAAAGAUGAUCUUUCUGGAGCUGAUAUCAAGGCUAUUUGUACAGAGGCAGGUCUAAUGGCUCUGAGAGAGAGGAGAAUGAAGGUGACUAACGAGGACUUCAGGAAGUCCAAAGAAAACGUGUUAUACAGAAAGAACGAAGGCACGCCCGAGGGACUUUACCUUUGAGACCCAAAUUCUUUUUUGUAAUACUUGUUAGUCAGUUCUGUCAUGUAUAAAAAUGAAGUCAAAUAAAAUUUGUUUUUGGUCAA